AUGGAUCAGACUCCUCCUAACAAAUCUAAUUCAAGGCUAGUCGUGGCAACUCGUACAGCUUCACCGAUAUUUGUACUCAUCUUGCCUGUAUUGGAAGCCAAGGAAAAACUGACCCUCUCCACAGCGCACGAGAACGUCCCCACGCCGAAAAGGAACAUGCUUGUAUAA